UAAUCGAGUGCACCUCACCUUGGUCUAAACCUCGUGCAACCAUUAGCCCGCAUCUCUCUUCGUGGGUGCGCUGCACGAUUCUUAACGUACGCCCUCCUUCCCAGAUCGUGCACUAUCUGUGUCGGAUCAUGGAGAUUUCUUGUCGGGUCUAUGUAUUCUUGGUUUCACUCUGCCUAUUUCUGUCAACCUCUCUCUCGAUUGACAACUUUUACGAGGCCUUUCCUAUUGUGGAACCUGAUCCUGGCCAUACAAAGCUCCGUCUUAGUAGGGAAGGAUUGGAAGCAAUUAGCAGAAUAACAACUCCCAUUGCAGCUGUUGCGGUGAUCGGUCCAUAUCGUUCUGGCAAAUCGUUUCUACUCAAUCAGCUUCUUUCCCUUUCCUGUUAUGAAGGUUUUGGUGUUGGUCACAUGCGUGACACGAAAACGAAAGGUAUUUGGGUCUGGGGAACACCUAUAGAGCUGGAGAUUGAUGGAGUAAAAACUUCUGUAUUUUAUCUUGACACUGAAGGAUUUGAAAGUGUUGGAAAGUCAAACGUAUAUGAUGACCGAAUUUUCGCUCUUGCAACUGUGAUGAGUUCUGUACUUGUCUAUAAUCUGCCUGAAACAAUCCGUGAAGCAGAUAUUUCUCGAUUGUCUUUUGCUGUUGAGCUAGCAGAAGAGUUCUAUGGAAGGGUAAAGGGCCAAGAUGUUGCUUUUGAACCUGCAAAGCUUUUGUGGCUUAUCCAGCGUGAUUUUCUGCAAGGGAAGUCGGUACAGGAAAUGGUGGAUCAAGCUCUCAGACGUGUCCCUAAUACAGAGGGUGACAAAAACAUAGAUCAGGUUAACCAGAUCCGGGAGUCCUUAGCUAGAAUGGGUGACAACAGCACAGCCUUUAGCUUACCACAACCUCAUCUCAUGCGUACGAAGCUGUGUGAUAUGAAGGAUGAGGAGCUUGACUCCACAUAUGUUGCAAAAAGAGACCAGUUGAAAAAGGUUGUUUCCGAUAUAAUUCGUCCAAAGAUUGUGCAGGGGAAAACCCUAAACGGGAAGGAGUUCAUCUCUUUUCUGGAACAGAUUCUGGAUGCUUUGAAUAAAGGGGAGAUCCCAUCCACAGGAUCACUAGUUGAGGUUUUCAACAAAGGUAUUCUUGAGCGAUGUGUGAAGCUAUACAAUGAGAGGAUGUCAAGGUUGCGUUUACCGAUGUCAGAAGAAUCUCUGCGGAGUGCCCAUGAAGCGGCUCAUGGUGAAACUACGAAAGCUUUUGAUGAGCAGCAUUUCGGUCGACAUCAUGCGAAGAAAUCUUUCGCACAAUUAGAUGAACAAAUGCAAGAGGUAUAUAAGAAUUUUGUCCUUGCGAAUGAAUACCAAUCCUCAAAGCUCUGCGAGGGAUUAUAUACAAAGUGCGAGGAUGGUAUGGACCACCUACAGACUCUUCGACUUCCUUCCAUGGCUAAAUUCAAUGUGGGUAUUCAGCACUGCAACCAGAGUUUUGAGCAGAAAUGCGUCGGCCCGUCAAGGAAAAAUUACGAGCAAAGGUUGACUAAGAUGAUGGGGAAGUCACGAUCGUUGUUCAUCAAAGAAUACAAUAACCGGCUGUUCAAUUGGUUGGUCGCGUUCUCUCUUGUAAUGGUUGUUGUUGGCCGGUUCAUCAUCAAAUUCAUUUUGUUAGAGAUGGCGGCAUGGAUACUCUUCAUAUUCUUGGAGACAUACACGAGAAUGUUCUGGUCCGCGGAGUCUCUUUAUUACAACCCCAUUUGGCAUUUCAUCGUAGCAACUUGGGAAACCGUUGUCUAUAGCCCAGUUCUCGACUUGGACAGAUGGGCUAUUCCGCUGGUCUGCUUAGUUGCAUUCUGGGUGCUUUACUGGCGGUGCUAUGGAAAGAGGAAACACGGGUCGCAUUGGCUUCUACCGUUGUACAAUAGUCAUAAGAGCGGGCCGAAUAGGCCACGGUCCGAGUAAACGAGGCUGAUACGAGGUUGAUAUACUAGUAUAUAUUUGCGGGUAGUUCUUGAUGGUUUUGCCAUUCGAAGCCUGCACCGAUGCUACCACCAAUUCUUUGGAAGCUUACUGAGGAAAUCUACUGAAACAUGUGUUCCCACAAAGAGGUUAAGAAGAAUCAGAAUCAGAAGGAUGGGUCAGUUCAAAGUUGGGUUUGAUCAUUGAUGCUGAUGCUGAUGCUGAUGCUGAUGCUGAAAUCUACUGAAACAUGUGUACCAUCUACAUGGUUGAAUCUUUUUAUUGUUUGUUUUAUUCACGGCAAAAAAAAAUGAUAGAUUCAAUUAUUUCAUUAAAUGUUACCUAAUAGCGUUACCUACC